ACGCGGACGCAGGCGUGACGCGGGCGCAGCCGCUCCCGAGGCAGCCGUAGCUUGGUCUGUGUCUCCAGGCCCGAGUCGCCCCCAGGCUUCAGCCGCGCACCAUGGACGAUUACGCGGUCUUGUCGGACGCCGAGCUGGCUGCCGUGCUGCGCCAGUACAACAUUCCACACGGGCCUGUCGUGGGUUCCACGCGCAAGCUCUACGAAAAGAAAAUCUUCGAGUACGAGACCCAAAGGCGGAGGCUGUCGCCUCCAAACUCUUCCACAUCGUCUUUCUCCUACCGGUUCUCGGACUUAGAUUCAGCCUCCGUGGACUCAGACAUGUACGAUCUGCCCAAGAAGGAGGACGCCUUACUUUACCAGAGCAAGGGCUAUAAUGAUGACUACUAUGAGGAGAGUUACUUGAGCACCAGGACUUACGGGGAGCCUGAGUCUGUGGGCACGUCCAAGGGCUUCCGCCAGCCCUCGGCUUCACUCUCAGACGCUGACACCUUUCACCACCAGGUGCGUGAUGACAGUCUUUUCUCUUCUGAAGAGGAGAGUAAAGAUAGGGAACGCCCCAUGUAUGGCCGGGACAGUGCCUACCAGAGCAUCGCGCACUACCGCCCCGUUUCCAGCAUCUCCAGAAGCUCCCUGGGCCUGUCCUAUUACCCCACAUCCUCCUCCACCUCUCCUGUGUCCUCAUCCUCAGCUCCCCACCCUUCAUGGCUCACCCGCCGUGCCAUCCGGCCAGAAAAGCAGGCCCCUGGGGCUCUGGGCCAGGAUCGCCAGGUCCCGCUCUGGGGCCAGAUGCUCCUGUUCCUGGUCUUUGCAGCCUUCCUGCUCUUUGUUUACUACUCCAUGCAGGCUGACGAUGGCAACCCCUUCUGAAUGGAGCCCUGAGGGUCUGGCUUCGGGGCCAGCUGCUCUCGGGAGGGAGUCCUGGCUGACUGCGUUAGCAGUGUUUGCUGGGGGGCUGUGGGGGGGUGCUUCUCUGUGUGUUCUAGCUUGGGGGUGCUGGGCCUGGCCCGGGGCAGUGCUUGCUCCCCCUGCCUUGUCCUGCCUUGUUUUGAGAGGGAGGCAGCCCGCCCAGGCCCUCUAUGGCAUAGUGGGCCUGGGCAGGCCUUCCUCCGGAGCCUCCUGGCCCCGCUUGCCUCUGAUCCUUAGGGCCCGGGAGGGUAAGACCCUUCUCCUGGAGAGGAGAAUGUGGUUGUUGUUGUCAUUGCAUGCCUCCUUGUCACCUCUUUGGGGGGAUUAACCAAAGGCCACCCUGACUUUGUUUUCGUGGACACACAAUAAAAAGACCAUUUAUUUUUAAAA